CCUUGCUUACUGCUCGAACACACUCAAAACAUUUGCCUUCGGCGACCUGUGCAGUCAGUUUUCUCCCUGUCACAAGAAGGGACAUACUAUGUUCACGCUCCUUCGAUAAAGCUACGACCGGAAGUGAUUAUCGUAGCAGCUUAUUAGACUAUUUUCGCCAACCCUAACCACAGAUAUAACAAUCUUAUACAGAUAUGUGCCCUAAACGUUUUCCAAACAUUAACCAUAGUCUCAAUAACCUGCUACGUUUAUUCUAACAUAAUACUAAAAAGUUACUUCCGGUGUUUUUCGUCACAGGAAGCAGACUUAAGUUGCGGAAGUAUAAUGUAUAGGUGAUCGUUUCAGUACAUGUUUUGAUUUAGUAGUUUAGUGCAAUGUCUAAACUGUACACCGAUAAACUGACCCGGCUCUACGAGCGGUAUCGGGAGUACGUUACGAAGAACCCUGCAGCGACUGGACAACUGGAGAGCACCGUAAGAACGCUGUCGUACCUCAUUUCAGGGCGUUUCACUGACUCCCAUGAAAUCUCUGAAUUGGUGUACUCUGCCUCCAACCUGCUGGUGCUGCUUAAUGAUGGCAUUCUGCGUAAAGGGCUGUGUCGAACCCUACCCAUGUCUGUCUCUCAGCAGAGGCUUCUCACCUGGCUGUCAGUGGUGGAGUACAUGGAGGUGUUCCUGGAGAUGGGGGCCACCAAGCUGUGGGGGGAGGGAGGUCGCUGGCUGGUCAUAGUGCUCAUCCAGAUCACUAAAGCCGUCUUGCGCUUCCUACUGCUCUUCUGGUACAAAUCUGGCAUGCAGACUUCCCCUCCUAUUACCCCCCUGGACAGGGAGGCACAGCUCGGCAACGAUGAGGACCACGAUGACCACCAGGAUGACAGCUCCUUUGUAGGCCAGCGGUCAGGGAGGGUGAUGAGGCCGUUGGGCAAUGCUCCCUCUGUGCAGACCCGUCUGUGGGCAGCCCCCAGUAGGGAGAAGAGGUGUGCUGUGGAGGAGGAUCUGACCUCUAGUCCCACUGCCCUGGGGGUCCAGGAGACCAUAGCAGAGUCCAUGUACAUCGGACGCCCGCUGGUACACUUGCUCUGCCUGGGAAUGUGUGGGAGAGGCUCCUGGAAACCAUGGCUCGUGUCUGGAGCCAUGGAAAUGACCAGUUUUGGUUUGCUGAGUGACACUAAAUCUCUGAACCGGCGGGAGAGGGCGGAGGUGAGGAGGAGAGCCUUUCUGCUUCUGUACUACCUGCUCCGCUCCCCGUUCUACAACAGAUUCUCUGAGACAAAGAUCCUGUUCCUCCUCCGGUUUCUGGCAGACAAUGUUCCCGGCGUCGGGCUGGUUGCUCGCCCUCUAAUGGAUUACCUACCUGUCUGGCAGAAGAUCUACUUCUACAACUGGGGCUGAGGGCAAGAGGUGGUUGAAGGUCUCCUGGCCAGCUGGAUAGGGAUCGACACUAAAGAGGGAGACUCAGUAAAAUACAGAGCCAGAGACACACAGGGACUCAAGUCCCCCACAGACUCACUGGAAACCUGUGCUGGUUAAUCUGCUGUAUUUCAACUGGGGACCCUCAAAUCAGAUCCAACAUGCAGUUCUGUUGCUAGGGCAUGCCAGAGUACCUUACGGAUUCUUCUGUUCUGUUGCUAGGGCAUGCCAGAGUACCUUACGAAUUCUUCUGUUCUGUUGCUAGGGCAUGCCAGAGUACCUUACGGAUCCUUCUGUUCUGUUGCUAGGGCAUGCCAGAGUACCUUACGGAUCCUUCUGUUCUGUUGCUAGGGCAUGCCAGAGUCCCUUACGGAUCCUUCUGUUCUGUUGCUAGGGCAUGCCAGAGUACCUUACGGAUCCUUCUGUUCUGUUGCUAGGGCAUGCCAGAGUACCUUACGGAUCCUUGCCUUUUGCAUUCCCACCUUGUUCUUUAUUUUUAUAUUUUGAGUGAUUUCCGUCAUAUCUUCCAUCAGACUGAUCUUGAACCAGUGAUUAUGAUGAAUUGUGUGAUUUAGUUUUCUCCUUUUGUAAACUACAUUACCCAGCGGUGUUAUUGACUGAGUGGUAUGAGAUAUCUUUGGCACCGCUGGGGAUGAUCACCAUCUUGCCAGUCAGUUUUGCUGUCUGUCACUGGGAACAAUCCCUCCUAAAUGUCUCCAGUUAAACAACCCACUACAGCCAGCCCUGAUGGGUUCUGUGCUGUUGGUCCUACAGCAUUACAGCGAAUGACUUUGAGGCUGGUUGACGUUCUCUCUAUGGGGCUGUCCUAAUAUCUCCUUUCUCCCAAAUCUAGAUUGGCAUUUGGCAUGGGCUCGUGGGAGUUUCCACCAUAUUUCGUAUGCUAGUCACUUCCUUUCGACUAGUUAAUUGGAGGAAGGAGAGAAUUGGGCCCUUCUGUUUGUCAGAUUGUUCAUUUGUUUUUCUUCCCACUGUGCCAAUGUAUGUGACCAUGAUAAGAAAUCUAACAUUUGUAUAUUAAAUAUGCUGUAUUCUAAAUUAUUGAUAUUAACUACCUAAUUGUGUUCCUAAUAGAUGUACUUUUUUAAAAACUAGGCAAGUCGGUUAAGAACAAAUUCUUAUUUACAAUGACGGCCUAGGAAGUGGGUUAACUGCCUUGUUCAGGGGCAGAACAGAUUUUUACCUUGUCAGCUCGGGGAUUCGAUCUAGCAACCUUUCAGUUACUGGCCCAACGCUCUAACCACUUGACGACCUGCCAUCCCAUCUAAUUGUUACUUAAUUGGGGUUGAAUUAAGAAUCGAUUUUUGUAGUUUAUCCAGAGUACUUGAGAACAACCAUCUGGAAAUACAUUGAAACCAGGUAGUUUUCCCUGUGUGAUUUUUUUGUUUAAGAUGAUUGGGGGAAGUGGAAUGUUGUGGCUCUGAGUGCCUUUCAAAAGUUCACUUACCAGAGGAAAAAGGAAAAGUCUAAUUUACUUAUUUGAAAUUGUGCAAUUUUUUUAUUUAUGAAUCCUACAAAUGUGUUAAAUAAAUCGUCAGAAUAAUAA